UCCAUGGGACUGCCCUUGAAGACAGCUUGGAAACUUAACUUUGUCCAUAAUGCAGCUGCCAUAUUGCUGGGUGGGAUUCAGUUUAGAUUUCAUAUAACCCCUGUUUUUAAAAAGCUGCCCUGGCAGCCAGUUUGUUUCUGGGCCCAAUCAAAGGUGUUUACUUAGUGUUUAAAAUCCUAAAUGACUUGGGCCCAAAUAUCUGAAAGGCCACCUCCUUCCCUACAGAACCCUUUGGAUGCUAAGAUGGCUAGUUCUUCUGCCCUCAGAGAUUCAGAGCGUCAGUGACCCAGGAGAAGACCUUCUCUGUGGUGGCCCCAGUUGUGGAACUCCCUCCCCACAAACACACGCUCGGCACCUUCAUUACAUAGCUUUUGGCAAAUGUUGAAGAUGUGCCUCUGUACCCUGGCCGUUGAUGCUUGAGGUGCAUAUUUUUAAAACUUACGACUUGCAGUUAUAAGCUGCUUAAAUCUGUUUCUAAUACUGAUCAGUAAUGGUGGAAGAGGGUGCCUCAUCAGAGCUCCAGGGAAGAAUGGUGCUGGCCGUGGCCCUGGGCACCCAGUAGGCCCCACAAGAAUGCUCCAGAAAGUUCUAGAACCAUCUUGAACAUUCUGGAACAGUCUUGCAGCCUGCAGGGCUCUCCUGGUAGAUGUGCACCACUUUCUGGGGUAGAUGAACCAAGGGAUAAGUAGUUACAGGUAGGUAGCCGUGUUAGUCUGACAUAGUCGAAAGGAAAAAAAAUUCCUUCCAGUAGCACCCUAGAGGCCAACUAAGUUUGUUAUUGGUAUGAGCUUUCGUGUGCAUGCAAGGGAGAGGUAGUUUUCCUGAAGUUUGAAAGCCCUUGGGCAUGGGUGGGGAGGUCUCAGUGGCAGAAUCUGGCCAUUCAGAAGCCCUGGUCUUUGUUCUCUCCUCCAGUGCUUAAGCCUGGCUGGGAUGCACCCUUGCACUCUGGCAAUGCUUCUUUCUUUCCUGGAUGGUGAAAGGAGACAUUUCCUGUUUAGGGUGAAGUAUGCUUGAAGCUUGUGCAGAAGCUCCUGACUUUUGCUGGAAUGUAGCAUGUUGUAGAAAGGUGAAAGGCACACAUGCAUUGCUCCACCUGCUUUUGGUUCUGACCCAGCCUGUCAAUGGCAUAUGGUCCCUCAGAAGCUUGUCCAUAGGGGAAUGUGGCCCUUGGGCAGCAUAAUUCUUCACCUUGGGACAUAGGAAGCUGUCAGUCAGCUGGUGAGGAUGGCUGAAAGCUCUGUCCCCUGGAAGGGACCUCCUGUUUGCAAAGCAACCACGACAACAGCCAGCCUUGCAGGGCUUCUUCACCCAUUUGGCAGAGCCGACAAUCAAACCUGUUCUUCCUUCUGCCUCCUCUUUGCAGCACCUGUCUCUGAGAUGUGUGAAAUGGGGCUGGUCUCUGCUGAGCCAUCCAGCCUGACGCCAUACUAUGGGGAGAUGCCGGACGCUUAUUGCCAGGAUGACCGCUGGCAGAGGUUGCGCACGGCUGUCAGGAAGCUGGAAUUCUGGGAAAACUUUGAGAUGGAAUUGAUUGGCAGCGGCUUCUUCUCCAAAGUGUUCAAGGUUGCCCAAAGCCCUGGAGGCAAAGCAAUGGUGGUGAAGAUCUACAAGAACGACGCAGACCAGGAGGGGAUCGUACGCGAGAUCAGCUUGCUGCAGAAGCUCUCCCAUCCCAACAUUGUCAGGUAUCUUGGGAUCUGUGUGAAGGGCAAGAAGCUGUAUCCCAUCCUGGAGUAUGUGAAUGGUGGGUGCCUGGAAGAGCUGUUGGCCUGCAAAGACAUCUCUCUCAGCUGGAAGGAGAAAGUGGACCUGGCUUCAGACAUCACCCGGGGGAUGGUCUAUUUGCACUCCAAGAACAUCUACCACCGGGAUCUCAACUCCAGGAACUGCCUCAUUCGGGUGACCCAACGGGGGCGUGAGGCCCUGGUGACGGAUUUCGGCCUAGCCAAGGAAGUGGCGGAGCUUUCUGCGAAGGACCCUGAGAGGAAGCUUUCCUUGGUGGGCUCGGCUUUCUGGAUGGCCCCUGAGAUGUUACGAGGGGAACCUUAUGACCGGAAGGUGGACGUCUUCUCUUUCGGCAUUGUCCUGUGCGAAAUACUAGGGAGAAUCCCAGCUGACCCUGAGGUGCUGCCCCGGACCCAGGAUUACGGCCUGGAUGUGGCGUCCUUCUAUGGCAUGAUCAGCGAAUGUCCCAAGCAGGUCUUGGAUCUGGCUGCCAGCUGCUGCAGGGUGGAAGCAUUCAAGCGCCCGUCGUUCUCAGAGAUCUUGGAAGAGCUGGAAGACACUGCAGAGAGGCUGGAGUCUACAGUGGGCAAGCAGACCCCUGGGUGACACACCUGGGACCUGAGCUGCGGAUGUACUUGUAUAUCUUGAAACGAAAAGGGACAGAUCUGCGACUUGUCUAGAGGAAGAGGAGGUUCUGUUUGUGCCUGCCCAGCCCCUGGAUCUGUCCACUGCAGAGCCUCUCUUACAGAACAGCUUUUAAGAAAAGAUGGUCCUGCCAAGGUCCUGUUGCUUGCAGAGCAAGCAAGGUGUGGCACACAAGCAGGGGGGAAGGGCCACCCACCUUUCCAGACCAGUGCCUGCUGAAGAAAUGGGCUUUAGGUAGCUCUAGCCUGUGAGCCCAAGGUGCAUGGAAAAGGCAGCAAAUGCACUGCAGUUUCCAGCCCCAAAACCUGUUCUGGCCUGUUCUGCCCUCCCCCCCACAACAUUUUAUUGAAUUUUUAUUCGUAUACAAAAACUGUAGGCACCAAAAAAAGAAAAAUCUGUUCUUUGGCCUGCUGUUAUUCCUCAAGCCUCCCCCACCCCCAUUCUCUGGCCGUCUUGCUGUCGCUUCUUGGCUGUAUCUGCUUCUUAACUGGUGCCAGGGUGAGGCCAAAUGAGAGACAACUAUGCACACACAGUGAGCAUCCCCGUGUUCUUUUGCAAAGGGAGCAGCCAGUAAGUGCACCCUAUUUGCGCACAUGCCUGCACAAUUGUGCUAUGAAGCAGAGCAGAGGCAGCAGAACAAGCAAACCGUAUGCCAAACAAGUUCUCCUUCUUUGUCCCAUUGGCCUUGGAGUGUGUGUGUGUGUGUGAGAGAGAGAGAGGGGGGGGGCCUAUGCCCUGCCCAUGGGAGCACCUGCCUUGCCAUAUUUCUGUUCAGUGGCUAAGCUGCAUUCAGGCAGCUCCCUCUUGUGGGCAUUUGUAGCAACAAUGUGCUCCGCGCACACAUUAAAUUACCAGCCCCCUGUCUUCAGCCAGGGGCAGGGUGGAGUGGGAACAGAUCCAAAUACUGUACAGUUCCACCUAAACAUUAGGAAGAACUUCUUGACAGUAAGAGCUGUUCGGCAGUGGAAUUUGCUGCCAAGGAGUGUGGUGGAGUCUCCUUCUUUGGAGGUCUUUAAGCAGAGGCUUGACAGCCAUCUGUCAGGAAUGCUUUGAUGGUGUUUCCUGCUUGGCAGGGGGUUGGACUGGCUGGCCCUGGUGGUCUCUUCCAACUCUACGAUUCUAUGAUUCAUCUUGCCUCAAAACGGAUAUUGUAAAGUUGGGAAAGAUUCAGAAAAGGGCAAUCAAAAUGGUCAAGGGGAUGUAGCGACUCCCUAAGAGAUAUGGUUGCAGAAUUUGAGACUUUUUAGUUUAGAAAAAAAGGCGAGUAAGAAGAGACAUGAUAGCAGUUUAUAAAAUAUGCAUAGCAUGGAGAAAGUGUGCAGAGAAAAGCUCCCCUCCCCUCAUAAUCCUAGAAAUUUUGAGUUAUCCAAUGGAGUGGAAUAUUGGAAGAUUCAGGGCAGAUAUGAGAAAGUCCUUCACAGCUCAUGGUUAAACUAUGGAACUCCCUCCCACAGGAGGUAGUGAUGACUGCCACCUUACAUGGCUUUAAAAGAGGGCUGGGCAAAUUCAUGGAAAAUAAGAAAAGAAAAAGAAAGCAAGGUUAUCAAUAGCUACCGUAUUUUUUGCUCCAUAAGACGUACUUUCUCUCUCCUAAAAACGAAGGGACAAUAUCUGUGCGUCUUAUGGAGUGAAUGUGUGGUCCCUGGAGCCAAAUUGCCCAGGGGCAAAAAGCAAAUCCUGGUUUUUUUUAAAAAAAUGAAGGGGAUGUAGAAAGGAAGCCGCCAAGCAGCUGAUCAGCAAGCGAUCAGGAGGGAGAUAAGGCUGGGGGGGGGAGGUAAAGACAGCGGACUUGCAAAGAGUUAUCCUGGUAGAGGAGCGCCGCCUUCUCUUGCCGGCACAAGCCCCUCUGCCCCCACCUCGGCCUGCCUGCCUGCCUCCCUCCUCACUCGCUCGCUCGCUCUAGCUGGAGCUGAGCGUGGAGGAGUUUGCGCCGCCACUCACAGGCUGCACUUCCAGUCAGCCAGCGUGAGAGGGGUAAAUGUGCGCACUCCGCUUCCUUGACAGCAAGCCGGGAAGGAGGGGCUCGCUGUAACACAAGCAGGGGGAGAGCCGCAAGUGGAGGGAGAGCCAGUUUGGUGCUGUGUCAAAGUGGCUCUCCUCCUGCUUCCAUUACAGCGAGCGCGGAAGGAGGGGCAGACAGGAGCCAGCUCCCGACCACCCCUCCUUCCCUGCUCGCUGUAAAUGAGGAGAGAGCCAGUAUGAUGCCAGUUUGACGCUUUCCCUCCGCCUGCCCCACAGCAAGUGGGCAGCAUCAGCAGUGGAGGGAUGAGCGGCGAGAAAGGGCUCCCUCCACUGCCACUUGCAAGAGCUUCCUCCGUUGCCACUCGCGAGAGCAGGCAUAGGAGACUGUGCCUGCCCUUGUGAGAGGCGGGCAGCGGCGGCGGCGAUGAGUGGGAGAGGCGGCUGCUGCAGCAGCAGCAGCACUGCUACCAGCCUGGCCUCGGCCCCUCCACGCCCUCCUUGGCUCGCCUUCACCACCCGCCAUCUUGCCGCCCUGCGGGGCCCUCAUGAAGCCCUCGCCCUCCUCCUGGCCACUGCUGCCGCUGCCUCGCUGCUCCCCACAGGUUAGGCAUGCAGGAGGGCGAGCUGGCAGACGGACGGCACCUCCUUGCUCCCGCACACGUUCACCUCAGGCCGCUUCCCACCCUCACAGGAAGAGGGGCACCCCCUCCCUCCUGUCUGUGUAAGGGGUGGGGGCUCGUCUCCCUCCCCCCUAGGAAGGUGGGGUAGUGUGUGCACACUGUCUCUGCAGUGACUCCUGUGUGUUGUGCUUUGGGCUUCAUGGGCAGCUGCUUGCUUCCACCAGUUUCCUCACAGCGUCACCCACAGGCACCCACAAAGUAUUCCCCCCCCCCUGUUUUCCUCCUCCAAAAACCAGGUGCGCCUUAUGGAGCGAAAAAUACGGUUCUAGCUUUAAUGGCUAUUGACAUGUUUUUUAUUUCCUUUCAGUGCUAGACCUGAAGGGAGCUUUAUCAGGCCUUUCACAUGCAAGUCCACACCUCCAGGUUUAGGCAGGGAAAGCUAUUCCGUUUUACUGCUGCUGUUAAGCAAUUGAGACUCAGAAACUCUUGCCAUUAUCUACCCAGAGUAAAUCCCGCAGAUCAUUCAGUAGAGGCGGAUCUUUGUUCCAGCCAGGAGCUGCCUAAUGUCCUUAGUGUGUACGGUGCUUUACAGAGCCUAAGAGGAAAGAUCUCUGCCUGAAAGAGCUUACAGUCUAAAAUUAGACACUGGAAACAACUGGAAAAGGAGAGAGCAAGGGGCGGGUGGGGUGAAUAAGAAAGUCACAUGCAGCUGUUUCAGUUGCACGACUUUCAUUCAGAUCAGAUCAAACCUUUAUUGUUAUACAAUUAUCAGAAUUAAGGAAACAAAACGAGAGGGACAUGAAACACACUAUGCUGGUAUGUUUAGCAGGGCAAAGAAAGAAAAUGAAGCAAAUAGAAGUAACGCAGAGCGAGGUAAAAUGGGCACCGAUAUUUUAAAAGUUAUAGUCAUGUCACAAACCUAAAGAGGAAAAAUCACAAAAUGUCACAGGGGUCUGUUUACUGCAGGUUUUGCUUGCUGGAGGGCAGGACUUGGCCACACUGAAAACAAUAGAUGCCUUUCAAUCUGAAAGGAAUAAAAUGAUGUAACAUGCACCUGUUCCUCUGUCAGGUGCUGGCUGGAUGACAAAGAGUGGGGGGAAAACCCAGCCCAAGAACUCGGGAUAACACAGAGGAAGAUGAUUUAGACCCAGCACAAUGCCAGUGGGACAGUCUGCAGAAGUGGCAAACUGGAAAGCCAUACCAGGGCAGGGCAGGGUACCAAGGGCCUCAGUGUGAGUGCAGACACUGACCGAAGGAGAAAAUACCACAUUUUUCGCUCCAUAAGACGCAACUGACCAUAAGACGCGCUUAGUUUUUAGAGGAGGAAAACAAGAAAAAAUUCUGAAUCAAAUGUACUGAAUGUUGUAAUGAUGAAGUGGGACAAUGCCAUUAUCACACGGGACAAUGCCGUUAUCCAAGAGGAAGGGAUCUAUAGCCUCUCUGUGUAAAUUCUGAAAUAAAAAAAUUACUGUAAUUAACUUGUCCUUGUCUUUAUCAUUUCAUGGGCAACCAGCUGGG